AUGCAUCUUAACCUGCUAAUUGGUGAUGAAGUAUUUGAAAUCUGCGAUGGAACACAAUCAUUUUUGGAACGUGAUAAUUUCGAAAAAGAACUCGGAUAUGCUGAUGAUGAUCCAUUCGCUGAAGAUUUUUCUGAUAUAAGUCAGCAUGAUAUUAUCACUGUUAUUGCUGAUGGGGAUCGAGUCGCACGACCAAUAUUGGUGAUUUAUGCAUAUCGGCUACCAUCCAAUAAAUCUUUUGAUCACCAAAAAUUUCUCAGAUUCUUGCAAUUCACAUUGGACAAAGUUGUAGAGCUUGAUUAUACAAUUGUUUACUUUCAUUAUGGGCUGCGUAGUAAUAAUAAACCGCCUCUAAGAUGGCUUGUACAAGCUUAUUUAAUUUUGGAUCGGAAAUAUAAGAAAAAUUUAAAAGCGCUGUUCCUUGUUCAUCCAACAAGAUUCAUUCGAUUUGUUUGGGGAAUGUUUAAGCCAUUUAUUUCAAUAAAAUUCGAACGAAAAGUGCAUUACGUGAAUUUUCUUCAUGAACUUAACGUGUUUCUUCAUGUGGAACAAUUAAACCUUCCUCAACCUGUUUUAGACCAUGAUUUGGCAUUGCUUCAGUCAUCAGAUACCUUUUCAAAUAAUUCAUCGUUUUCAAAAUCUCCUUUAAUACCUCCUCGUCCAACGCAACAAUUCAACGUACCGUUAAGCUUUAUAUUAUCGCAUCAUCCCGAUUGCGACAUACCCCCUAUUGUCACCGAUCUCAUUUCUUUUUUGCGUGAAUACUCUCUUGAGGUUGAAGGUCUUUUUCGCCGUUCAGCUGAUGUUGCUUCAAUAAAGCGAUUACAAGAAAGAAUCGAUCGAGGAGAAAAAAUAGAUUUUUUAAAUGAAGAACCUUAUAAAAACAAUGUUAUUGGUGCUUCAAUUGACGCAUCUGUAUUGCUCAAAACAUUUCUUCGUUCAUUGGGUGAACCAGUUAUCACUAACGAAUUGUAUCCAAAAUUGGCUGCUUUGGCAGACAUUCCUAAGGAAAACAAAUUGGAAGCAAUUUGUGAAUUCGUAAUGUUAUUGCCAUCAGAGAAUCGGCUUCUGCUCAAUACUGUUUGCCAUUUUCUUAGAGAAGUCGCAGCUCAUAGUAAAUUUAAUUUGAUGAAUGCUAAUAAUCUUAGUGUUGUAUUCGGACCCAAUCUUACAUGGCCUACUGACAAACAGGUGCCUAUAUCGCAGUUGAACAAUUUAAAUAAUUUCUGUUAUCGCCUUAUUGUCGACUAUAAUGUUGUUUUUGCUAAUGCUUAA